AUGCGGGGAGGCUCCGCCCCGAGGUUCAACUCCUUACCCCUUAUAUACCAUAAGUUUUCAUCUUUGUUCGUAAUUUUCUGUUAUAUAGGUGAAGCCUUUACAUGGUUCAAAGGUGGCUGUUCCUUUUACACGAUUCACGCGAAUUCUCUCCGUGUUAGUUGGGAGAAAAGCAGGCAAAUGUGCAAGCAGGCUGGACGUGAUCUUGUGUCUAUUGAAAGUAACGCGGAGUGGAUCUUCUUGAAAAACACUAUCUUAAAGUUGACAAUAGCUAACGAAUAUUUUAUCGGUUUGAGAGGAGAUUAUCGGUCUAGACAGUGGAGAUGGUUAAGUAACAAGAACUCAUCUCAGAUAGAUCUUCCUUGGGCAAAAGGUGAACCGAAUGGUGAUGGGAAUUGUGCAGCUAUGUACAAGGAUUAUCGGAGAGAUUAUGGAAAGUAUAAUGACUUGGGUUGUACAUCACAAGCAAGGCCUGGGUAUAUUUGUGAGUUUCCUGUCGACGGUUGCAAUCAAGAGGUAUGUGGACCUGUUGGUGUAGAAGACAGGAACAAAAUACCAGAUGUUAAAAUGACGGCAAGCACAUCUUAUAGCGGAAAUCAUUAACCAUACUAUGGCCGACUAAAUGAGAACAGGUCAAAUGGAGGGUGGUGUACAAAGACAUCAGCAGACAGAACAGACUAUCUUCAAGUUGACAUGGGUGCAGUGCACUCUGUUUGUGCAGUAGC